AUGGGGACGGCCACCACGAAAUACCACGCCAUGAUACGUUCGAUCAUUGCCUUGUACGAGGCCUAUGAGGUGAAGGUGAUGGGGGACAAUUUUAUGAUUGCCUGCAUAGACAUUGUUGUGGGCAUGAAAAUUGCGCUGGCGAUUCAACUGGAGUCGAUGCGCGCGGUGCCCAUUGCUCCAGGCUUCAAGAUGAUCGAAAAUCCGCAGGGCGGGGGUGACCCCUCAUGCUGGCGAAGCGAAGGCCUUCGGAUACGGGUGGCCGUGCAGCACUGCGUGGACGUCGUUGCCUCGUAUGACCCCAUUCACCAGCAAUACGACUAUUACGGCCCCAGUGUGAAUUGCUGCUCCAGCAUGCUACCUGUGGCCUGCGGUGGUGAGAUUUUGCUUUCGAAGGAAUCAUUCAGCGCCCUGGAGGCAAUGCCGGCGUAUAAAGAGGAGCCGUGCCCUUGGGAUCUGCGACAGCUGGAGGUCCACUCCUUUCACACCGAUCCAAGAGGCAUGGACGAGUUUAUCAGCGUGAGGGAUGUUGGACCAGCUGAACUGCAGGGCAUUUCCAAGCCCGUUCACCUGCUGAGCAUUACGCCCAAGUCACUGAGUGGAAGGGAGUUUCGCCAUGCAAAACUAGCAGGACAAUGA